GGGUACCGGAAGCGACAGCUGCCAUGGAGCCCGCGGAGGACUGGCUGGUGGAAUCCUUGAGCUUGUACCAGGAUUUCCAUGCAUUCGACCUCUCGGGAGCCACUCGAGUCCUUGAAUGGAUUGGUGACAAAGGAAUCUUGGUUGCUGGCUAUGAAAGCCUGAAAAAAAAUGAGAUUCUUCAUCUGAUAUUACCUCUCAGACUUUCUGUAAAAGAAAACCAGGGCUUAUUCCCUGAAAGAGAUUUCAAGGUACGCCAUGGAGGAUUUUCAGACAGGUCUGUCUUUGAUCUGAAGUAUGUGCCAGACACCAGGUUGCUGGUGACCAGUGGCCUUCCCGGUUGUUACCUGCAGGUGUGGCAGAUUGCGGAGGACAGCGAUGUCAUUAAGGCUGUCAGCACCAUUGAUGUGUGCGAGAAGGAGGGGUGUCUCUGGCCCAGGGUGGCCAUCUUCUCGUCGGCGGCACCCGGGGUCCUCCACGGGGCCAGGCUCAGCAGUCUGAAGGUGGUGGAUCUGGAAUCACAGAAGACCACGUACAGCUCAGGUGUCAGUGACGGCGAGUUGCUGAGUAGCCUGCAGGUCCUGGACGCAGACACCUUUGCUUUCUGCUGCACCUCGGGCCGCCUGGGGCUUGUCGACACCCGCCAGAAGUGGACCCCGUCAGAGAACCUCAGGCCCGGCUCUGGGUCCGCUGGAGGGAGGUGGUGUGCAGAAGCUGGGGGCCGGGGCCCUGGGCCCAGCAUUGCCAGCCUUGGCUCGGACGGGCAGCUCUGUCUUCUUGACCCCCGGGAUCUCUGCCAGCCGGUGAGCUUGGUCCAGUGCCCAGUGUCCACGCCUAGCCCUGACCCAGAGCUGCUGCGAGUGACUUGGGCUCCAGGCCUGGACAACUCCUUGGCCAUUUCAGGUUUUGAUGGGACGGUCCAGGUCUAUGACGUCACGUCUUGGGGUGGAAUGGGGCGCCAAGUAGAACCUCUCUUCACUCACAAAGGUCACAUCUUCCUAGACGGCAAUGGGAUAGACACUGCUCCACUGGUCACCACCCACACCUGGCACCCCUGUAAACCGAGGACUUUGUUGUCCGCAGCAAGUGAUGCCUCUCUGCACGUAUGGGACUGGGUGGACCUCCAUGCUGCCCGCUGACUCCAGCAUCUUUCCGCCCAGUCCCUAGGAAGCUGCUGUGUAGCAAGGAUAUUGAUUCAGGAUUCAGGUGACCACAGAGCCCUGUUACCAGCUGAGUGGCCAUGGGCAAGUUAACCAGCCUCUCAGUCCCAGUUUCUUUAUUUGUAGAAUGAGACUGGUAAUAACUACCUGGCAGGACUGUUGGGAAAGUUAGAAGUAACAUAUUUAAAAAUAACUGGUAAGGGGACUUCCCUGGUGGCACAGUGGUUAAGACUCCGUGCUCCCAGUGCAGGGGGCCCGGGUUCGAUCCCUGGUCAGGGAACUAGAUCCCACAUGCAUGCCGCAACUAAGAGUUCGCAUGCCACAACUAAGGAGCCCGCCUGCCGCAACUAAGACCCAGCACAACCAAACAAAUAAUAAAAAAUAAUAAUAAUAACCGGUAGGAUGCAUGGCACAAUAAAUAUUUGGUAGCUACUCUUAGAUCUGGGAGCCCCAUUUCCCCCAAGUGUAAAAUGGCAGCGUUUUACCCCUGUCUGCAUUCACAGUAUCAUGGAAUCUGAAGAGCCAACGGAUGUAAACAGGUUUUGUGAACUUUUUUACAGAAGUGAAAAUGUAUAGUGACAGAUAAUCAUGAAAAAAGUCAACCCCAGUAGCAAUGAAGGAAAUAGCAAUUAAAAUAAGAUUAUGCCAUUUUUAUCUACUAAAUUGCCAAAUUUUAAAACAUUUUUGCCUUGAACAGCUGAUAGAGUGUACAUGGUACACAAUUCACAAGGUACAGAGGAGCAGCUUGGUUCUUUAUCCCAGUUGUAUGAUGUACCAUUGUUCAAUUGAACCAUAAUUUAUAUAUCCAGGCUUCUGUUAUGUGGCAAUUAAAAUUUUCUAAUCCUUUGAAAUUACACGUAGUGAGUACAACUUUUGUAUCCAUGAACAAUAUGUCUGUAGAAUACAUUUCUAAAAAUAAAACUGCUAAGGCAGAGGAUGUGAGCAUUUUUCAAUUUUAUAAAUACUGUCAAAGUGCCCUCCAUAGAGAUUGUGCCACUUUAUGAUGGCAACGAUGAUGAUUGGUCUGAUUCUCUUACCUCACCACCACUCUCCUUAGUGGCUUUUUGACCUUUGCCAGUCUGAUAAAUGAAAAAUCGUUAUUUGUACUUUUAGUCUGCAUUUCUCUUAUGUGUGAAGUUGAGACUCUUCACAUAUUUAAAAGUUUGGGGGCAGCUGUUUUUAAAGGUGGUAACAGCCAGGGUGGGGAGCUAGGCAUUCUCAUCAGUACCACCUGCAGCUGGCGUUCAGGCAGAGACUGGCCACCCUCCUCUCGGGUGGUUCUCACUGGAACACGGCCUUCACCAGGGUGAUGCUUUCCAACCCCUGCCCCCCAGGGGAGUAGGCCCAAAGGACAUUUCUUUUUGGUGGCCCGUAGCAGAUAUGAAAGUGUACCUGCAUGUGAUUCCUCACUGUCACAU